AUGAACUCGCACAAAACGGAUCCAAAAAUUUGCUUGAUUGUCAUCGACGGAUGGGGCAUAUCACCGACAGAUCCAAUUCUGAAAAACGUUCCCGGAUCUGCAGAGAUUUCAUCGCUGCAUCCCAACCUCAUCAAAUACGAUGCUAUUGCUACUGCAAAUACGCCCGUGAUGUCUGCUCUUCAAGCCAACUUCCCUACCGUUCCUAUAUAUGCACAUGGUUCUCGUGUUGGACUCCCACACGGUCUGAUGGGCAACAGUGAAGUCGGUCAUCUCAAUAUUGGCUCUGGACGGCCUGUCCCACAGGAUAUUGUUCGAAUCGACAAUGCGGUCGUUGAAAAAUCGCUCGCUUCGCAAAAGACAUUAAAAGAUGCGUUUUUGAAUGCCAAAAAUGGAAAUGGCCGCAUCCAUUUUGUUGGUCUUGUUUCGGAUGGGGGUGUUCACUCUCACGUAAACCAUUUACGGGGUCUUCUUAUGGAGGCAAAAGAAUUUGGCAUUCCAUCUGCUUACGUACACGCAAUCACGGAUGGCCGUGAUACGCUGCCAAAAAGUGCUGAUGGAUAUUUGGAGAGCUUGAAUUCUUAUCUUAGUUCCAUUUCAUAUGGAAAAAUCGUAUCUGUCGUUGGGCGCUACUAUGCAAUGGAUAGAGAUAAGCGAUGGGAAAGAACAGCUCUGGCAUACAAUCUUUUUACGCGGGGCGAGGGUAAAAAAAUCUUGCCUUCGGCUCUUGGAGAUACCAUCCAGGCCUGUUAUGCCGCUGAUGAGACCGACGAAUUUUUCAAGCCAAUUCUUAUUGAUUCUGAUGGGGUUAUUUCAAAGAACGACACUGUUGUCUUUUUUAAUUAUCGAUCCGAUAGGAUGCGCCAGAUCGUCUCCUCUUUCAUUACUACACCAUCUCCAUUGAUGGAGGUUACUGCCACCGUGGAUGUUCCUGAGAAUCUUCACAUUGUUAGUAUGACGGACUACAAAGAGGGUGUCUUCAACAUUCCAGUGAUUUUCUCGCCAAUCAAAAUGGACAAUGUGCUUGCAGAGUGGCUUUCCAAGCAUUCUGUCAACCAAUGCCACAUUGCAGAAACGGAAAAGCAUCCGCAUGUUACAUUCUUUUUCAACGGAGGUCGCGAGAUUUGCUUUGAAGGCGAAGAUCGUAUUAUGGUAUCAUCCCCAAAAGUUGCCACUUAUGAUCUUGCCCCUGAAAUGAGUUCCUUAGAAGUUGCCGAAAAAGUUAUUGAAAGCAUUUCAUCUGGAAAAUACCCCUUUGUGAUGUGCAAUUUUGCGCCGCCCGACAUGGUCGGACAUACGGGAAAGUAUGAAGCUACCGUGAAGGCAGUGGAGGCCACCGACCGUGCCAUCGGCCUCAUAUAUGAGGCUUGUAAAGAGCACAAUUAUUUAUUGGCGGUCACAUCUGAUCAUGGUAAUGCCGAGAAAAUGGUCGAUGAAGAGGAUCGUCCAUUCACCGCUCAUACGACAGCACCAGUUCCAUUUAUUUUGAGCAAUCCAGAGCUCAAGUUCACCACUUCCAGAAUUGGCGCUCUUUGCGAUGUGGCGCCAACCAUAUUGGAGCUUUUUGGGCUUGAAAAGCCGGAUGAAAUGACUGGGUGUUCUCUUUUGAUCAAGUGA